CCCGGCGCGCGCGCCCAGGAGAAGCGCCCCUCUCCCUCCGUUUGCCCCGGAAGGAGUCGCCCCCUCGGCCUCGGAAGUUGUCCUGAGCGAGGCCUGCCUGCCUGCUUUCCCUGCCGCUGUUGGUUAUUGGAGGUCUGCUUGGCGUCGCGGCGGGGAGAGUCUCCGGCUACCCGCGGGCGGCUGGGCCUCAUGAAGGAGAAGGUCAAGUGACUAUGUGAAAGGUCAACAUGGUGUUUUGAAGUAUGACAGAAAUACUCAUGCUGUACCAGAGGCUGGGAAUAUUGAUGGCCAAAUCUAGCAAUCACAUGGUCUUCUAAAGAAGUCAUGGGUAGCUGUUGUAGCUGUCCAGAUAAAGAAACAGUCCCUGAUAACCAUCGAAACAAAUUCAAGGUUAUAAAUGUGGAUGAUGAUGGUAAUGAAUUGGGUUCUGGUAUAAUGGAGCUUACAGACACAGAACUAAUCUUGUAUACCCGCAAACGGGACUCUGUUAAAUGGCAUUACCUCUGUCUCCGCCGAUAUGGCUAUGAUUCCAAUCUCUUCUCUUUUGAAAGUGGUCGAAGGUGUCAAACUGGGCCAGGAAUAUUUGCCUUCAAGUGUGCCCGUGCAGAAGAACUAUUUAAUAUGUUGCAAGAGAUCAUGCAGAAUAAUAGUAUAAAUGUGGUAGAAGAGCCAGUAGUAGAAAGAAAUCCACAUCAAACAGAGAUGGAAGUUCCAAGAACACCCCGCACACCUACCACACCAGGAGUGAGUGGGCAGAGUUUACCAAAUGGAUAUCCAAGGUACCCUUCCUAUGGAGAUGCUUCAUCCCAUCCCUCCAGCAGGCACCCUUCUGUAGGAAGUACACGCCUUCCUUCAGUAGGUGAAGAAUCCACGCAUCCCUUGCUUGUAGCUGAGGAGCAAGUCCAUACAUAUGUGAAUACAACUGGUGUGCAAGAGGAAAGGAAAAACAGACCAAGUGUGCGCACUCCUCUGGAACGAAAGGUUUCCAGUGCAGAAGUGAACAACACGAGAGAGGAGGAAACAUGUCCUGAUGAAAGAGAGGCUCAGGUUGUAUUGGAGCCUGAAGGAGUCAAAUUUGUUUUGGGCCCCACACCUGUCCAGAGACAAUUAAUGGAAAAAGAAAAACUGGAAUCAACUGGGAACAGUACUCAAACUAGUGGAAACAGUGCUGAAACUAGUGGUAACAGUACUCAAGCUUGUGGGAAUAGUAACAAUGAAUGGGACACUGGGUAUGACAGUGAUGAACGUAAAGAUGUUUCCUCUGGUAACAAACUGACAUAUGAAAAUGUAAAUAGAUUGUCCAUCCCUGGCAGCUCAGGGAUCAGGAGAGGCCGCCUGAUAUCAUCCAGUACCUCUGAUACUCAAAAUGUCAACAAUUCAGCUCAGAGGAGAACUGCACUGUUAAAUUAUGAAAAUCUUCCAUCUUUGCCUCCAGUUUGGGAAGCUCGCAAGCUCAGUAAAGAGGAUGACACUUUAGGACCAAAGACACCUUCUCUUAACGGCUAUCACAAUAAUUUAGAUCCCAUGCAUAAUUAUGUCAAUACAGAGAACGUAACAGUGCCAUCAAGUGCUCACAAAAUAGAAUAUGCAAGACGUCGGGACUGCACCCCAACAGUCUUUAACUUCGAUAUUAGGCGACCAAGUUCAGAACACAGGCAGCUCAACUAUAUACAGGUUGAUUUGGAAGCUGGUAGUGACUCUGACAACCCUCAGACUCCCAAAACGCCUACCACUCCACUUCCACAGACUCCAACCAGGCGCACAGAGCUGUAUGCUGUGAUAGACAUUGAAAGAACAGCUGCUAUGUCAAGCUUGCAGAAAGCAUUGCCUCGAGACGACGGUACUUCUAGAAAAACUAGACAUAACAGUACUGACCUGCCUAUGUGAGCCUGGAAAGCAUUAGUUAAAUCAUUUGCACCUUUGUGAAGUUUUUUUUAAAAAAAAUGAAUGACUGCUCUAUUUGACUUUUUAAAUCACUUUUCAUAGAUUUAUAGGGUUUUUUUCCUUUUCUUUAUGUGCUUGUUUAAAGGGAAUUUUACAACAGAAAGAGUAUUAAAUAACACUAUCAUUUUACUAUUACAGAAGCAGCUUUUGGUCAGUGUUGCCAUCUUUCUAUAGUGCCUCUUUCCUUGACUGGACAUUGUAGUGACAUACCAGUGUUGACAGGCUGGCCACAAACAAAGUCACUGAAAGUGUUAUGACACAUAUAUGCCUCCUGAUAACUGCACUGCUCCCAGAUCAGUGUAAUCUCUCAUAAUAUAGAUCUGAAGUUUCACAUGUUCAAGUUCAUGUAGCACAAAUGAGAGAGUUUGUGAUCAGGCUGAGUUGUGUAAAAACAUGGUACAGAUUGUUUUAAAUAACUUGCAUGGACUAAAUGAAUUUCUGGGCUGUGAACCAGUGUUGAGUAGGAAUGAUCCCCAAAACCCUCCCAAUAGGAACAGCUUGCCAUGGUACUGAAGAGUGUAAGUCUCUUAAUAUAGCCAAUUAGUAGAUUUCAGAUUUUAAAAUGCUGACUGGAAUGCCAUUACUUUUAAGAGUUGUCUGGCUAGGGACAGAAAAAGAAUUAUGGAAAUCUGCAAAUUUAUCAUUUAGCACUUGCUUUCAGUUUAAAACAGGGCAUGAACUAAUGACCAGAUGCACUUUAAAAUCACCAACUACAAAUCCAGGAACUAGAAAUUGAAAACCAUCCUCUUAUGAUCAGAUCUGUUUUGAUGUCAGAAUGAGACUGUGUGUCAAUUAUAGGAUUGUUUCCUCUCUACAAAAAAUUGCAUAGUGUUUCAUAGGGAGAUGAGAUAUACCUAGUUAAAAUUACAUCUUUUGGAAAACCAAAAAGGAUAUAAUCAAAAUGAGAAUGGUACUGAAAGGCUAAAAGAUUAUGACGGAUACAAAGAAUAGCAUUCAGUGGGGCUUUUCUGGGCCAGUGCUGAGUUAAGGAGUGKCCCCCCCCCCCCCGCGUGUCCAGUCCAAUGAAAUAAAAAACAACCAGCAAUUCUCCCUUAGCAUAUGCAGAUACACUAUCCACUAGUGCACAAAGAGUUUUGGAUUCCAGCCUGUAUCUUAAAUAUGUCUUUCCAGACCAUUUUGAGAGUAGAGAGUCAGAACUGACCUUCUAUUUAUACUGUGUGAAAAGUCACAUCUUCUUCAGAGUCUGAAACAAACCUUGGUUUAGGUUUGCCGAGUUUUUUUUCCUGUACAGUUGUACAGGUACUUUCACGCUAGACAGUUGUGAUGCUAUUUAUAAUUACAUUAUGUCUGUAGCGGCAUAUUUUUACUUUCAGUUCUAUAAAAUGUCUGUUCCCUUCCUUGCUUUUCGUUGUUGUUUUCACCUCUCUUGUACAGUCUAUAGGUUGUAAACUCUUAAUUUUGUACAUAGUCUUUGUUCAGCGUGUUUCUAUAUUGCCAUGGAAAAACUUUUUGAAGGCCCAUUGGUAAUUACUGUCACUUCUCAGAUGGCCUUCUUUAUUACUUGCACAAAUGGAAAGAUGCAUAUUAUAUGUUUGAGAAUAGAAAGUGCUGUGGCACCUUAGAAAAGGGCAUGUUGAGAGACGAGUUUUCCUGUUUGGUUUCUUCCAGAAAACAGUUGUGGGCCUGUGGGAUGAUAGGUGUGAAUAUAUUGUAUGAUUUAUCAAUACAAGUCAGUAACAUGGUUCCAUAAAUAAUGGCAUUCUUGGUUUCUGACAGACCAUGAUCCCUGUCUUAAACAUCUUUAAUGUGUUAUCUGUUUAAGAUGUAAAAGAUAACAUUAUUUCAUUGCAGCCAUAAAGUACUUGUUUCUGC